AUGACUAAUACAAAUAUACAAAAUUUAGAAUUAAAGCUACAUGAAAAAUUUGCUCAAUUACAAUUUAAAGAGGAAGAGCUCAAUAAAUGUCAAGCACAGUUGACUAAAAACGAAAAUAUUAUGUGUGAGCUGAAAAUAAGUUUAGAAAACGAACGAAGAAAUUCUGAUCAGCUGCGAAUUGAAUUAAGAUCGGCCAUGGAAAUAAUAACGCAGUUGGAGAAUGAAAAAAUACACAAACAAUCGGAAUCAUUUCGUUUACAAAUGAACUGGGAAAAUGCGCAAAUAGCUCGAGAAAAUUUAAUUCAUCAAAUAAAAAAAGCUAAAUUAGAAAACGUACGAUUGGAGCGCAUCAAUCAGGUGUUGGAAGCUGAACUUGCGGAGCAAAAAAUAGUAAAUACUUUAAUAGAAAAUUCAUUAAAUGAUUUGAGCUUGCAGAUUAACCAUUUAUGUCCUACAAUUUACAGUAAUGUUGAAAGUUUGAAAAAAGAGCAAGAAUACCUCCGCAAAUCUGUUAAAGAAAUAACACAAAUAAAUUAUCGUAUUGAUAAUAUUGGACGUGAAAUUCUUGACAAAAGUCAACAUGAUAAUAAAGAACUACAAGAAUUACGUGAAAAAUUAUCACAGUCACAGAUAAUGUUGGCUUCUUAUGUACCACGUGCUUCAAGUCCGCCAGCUAUCAUAGCGUGUUCUGACUCAAAAGAGUUGACUGAAAAGCUUGAGCACAACAAAAUAAUAGACAAAAAGCUAGAUGAAUUAUGUAGACAAUUGGAACGUAUGGAGUCAACAAUGUCUGAUGAAUAA